AUGAAAUUCUUCUUAUUACUUGCUUUAACACUUGUUAUUAUUUAAACAGAAGAAAUUCCUGAAGUAGAUGGAAUAUUGCAAUUGAGCCGAAGAAAUUUUUAAUAAGCAUUGGAUACACAUCCAAGAUUAUUGGUCAAAUUUUAUAUUGAUACUUGUGGAUACUGGUAUUGAUUUAGAAUAGAACUUAAGUUAAAAAAUGAAGCCUGUGUUCAUAGAACUUGGUAAAAGAUUAAAAGAGUAUGGAUUUGUUUUGGGAGAAGUUAAUGCUUAAGAAAGUAAAGCUUUGGCAGCAAAACAUGAUGCUAAAGCUUAUCCAACAUUAAAAUUAUUUAGAAAUGGAGAUUCAUAUGAUUUUCCAAAUUCAUCAGAUUCUCUAGAAAUGCUAUUUGAAUUUGCAUUAUAGCAUUCUUAUGGUCCAAUUACAAAAUUAUAUAAUUAAGAAGAGGUACUGAAGUAUGUUAGAUUGGUUAGGUUGAUUUGUUUUUAAAAAGAUCAAACAUAGCAGUUCUGAAAUAUGUAAAGGAUGAAGAAGAUUUAUCAAGAGUGAGUUUAGAACAUAUACAAGUGAGAUUUGGUAUAAUAGAGAAUGAUGGAUUAAGAUAUGGUUAUCCUCAUAAAUAUACAAUAAUUAAUAAGGAUAUUGACAAACCAAUACAUUACAAUGGAGAUGUAAAUGGAUUAUCAGAAUUAAUUUCAACAAAAGGAUAUCCAUUAGUAUUUUCAUUAAAUGAAGAAGAAUUUAUGAAAUCAGAAAAUGAUAAGAUUCCAUUGAUAGGAAUAGCAGGCUAAAAGAAUGGAGUUUUACAUAAAAGAUUUAAAUAUGUGGCUGAACAAUAUUAAAAUUCUACAAGAUUUGUAAUAAUAGACCCAAAUUUGGAUUUAUGUAAUAGAAGAUUUGAAUAUUUAAUAAAAUAAAGUCCAAUAGCUUAGAAUACAAUUUAUUACUAUGAUUAUGAGUAUAAUUAAUAAUUAUAAAAUAGAACUAAGAAAACAACAACAACAACAUUUAGUGAUGAUUAAGUUGGAACAUUAAAAAAGGCAGUAGAAUCUUUAAUAGAGGAAGCAACAAGACCAAAAAGAGAAGCAGAAAGAUUAGCAAGAUUAAUAAAAGGAGAUGGUUAAGUACAUAAAUUGACUACAGAUAAUUUUAAUGAAUAAGUAUUUGAAAAUCAUAGACAUGUAUUUGUUAAAUUUUAUGCACCAUGGUGUGGUCAUUGUUAAACAUUAGCACCUACUUUUGAGAAAUUAGCACAGGAAUUAUAAAGAGAUGAUUUAGUUAUAGCUGAAGUAGAUCAUACAGCAAAUCAAUUUGAUGAUAUUCCAAUAGAAGGAUAUCCUACGUUAUAUCUCUUUUAAUAAGAAGGACAUAAUAAAACAAGAAAAGAAUAUGAAGGAGAUAGAUCAUUAUCAGGAAUGAAAGCAUUCUUAGAAAGACAUUUAGGAAAAACUGAAAAUUAAUAAUAAUAAACACCUUAAUUUAGUGAAGUAAAGAAUGAAGGAACAGUAAUAGAAUUAACAAGUGAGAACUUUGAUAAUAUUGUAAUAAAUAGCAAAUAAGAUGUUUUAGUCAAAUUUUUUGCUCCUUGGUGUGGACAUUGUAAAGCUAUGGCAGAAUCAUAUAAAGACUUAGCUAAAAACUUAUCAAAUAAUCAAAAUAUACUUAUUGCUGAAAUGGAUUGGACAACUCAUAAAACUAGUGCUGUUGAAAUCAAAGGAUUUCCUACAUUGAUAUUCUUCAAAAAAGGAUAAGAUAAACCAGAAUAAAUAAAAUAUUAAUCUGCUAGAACAGCUGAAGCCUUAGCCAAAUUUAUUGAAGAAAACAGCAGCUUUAUUUAGAAAGAAGAUUUAUGA